CGUGCUCCCCGGCGCCGCCCGGGAACUACAGCCGGAGGCAGCGGCGGAGCGCGCGCCGAGAUGGCGGCCCCCUUGGUGCUGGUGGUGCUGGCGGCCGUGACGGUGCGCGCCGCGCUCUACCGCUCCAGCCUCGCCGUCUUCAUCGCCGAGCGGGUCGAGGUGGCAUCCCCGCUAAACGCCUGGAAGCGAGUGGUCGAAGGAUUAGCUCUGCUGGAUUUAGGGGUCUCGCCAUACUCUGGAGCUAUUUUUCAUGAGACCCCGCUGAUAAUCUAUCUCUUUCACUUCCUAAUUGAAUAUGCUGAACUGGUUUUCAUGAUAACUGAUGUGCUAACUGCUGUUGCCCUUUAUUUGGCAAUCCAGGACUUCAACAAAGUUGUGUUCAAAAAGCAGAAGCUCCUAAUAGAACUGGAUAAAUAUGCACCAGAUGUGGCUGAACUCAUCCAGACACCCAUGGAGAUGCACUACAUCCCCCUCAAGGUAGCACUAUUCUACCUGUUAAACCCCUACACUGUGAUGUCUUGUGUAGCAAAGUCCACCUGCGCCAUCAACAACUCUGUCAUUGCAUUCUUCAUUUUAGCUACAAUAAAAGGUAGUGCCUUCCUCAGUGCUGUGUUCCUGGCCUUAGCAACAUACCAGUCACUCUACCCGCUCACUCUGUUUGCUCCAGCACUGCUUUACCUUCUACAGCGCCAGUUCAUACCUAUCAAACUGAAAAGCAAAAGUUUCUGGCUCUACACCAUGCAGUAUGCAUCCCUAUACCUGUGCAGCCUGGUGGUGAUCAUCUGCCUCUCCUUCUUCCUGCUCAACUCCUGGGAUUUUAUCCCAUCUGUUUAUGGGUUUAUCCUUUCUGUUCCAGACCUGACACCCAAUAUUGGCCUUUUCUGGUACUUCUUUGCAGAGAUGUUUGAACACUUCAGUCUUUUCUUUGUAUGUGUGUUUCAAAUCAAUGUGUUCUUCUACACCAUUCCCUUGGCAAUAAAGUUAAAGGAACACCCUGUAUUCUUCCUGUUUGUCCAGCUCGCCAUCAUUUCUAUCUUCAAGUCCUAUCCUACCAUGGGAGACAUUGCACUGUACAUGGCCUUCCUUCCAGUCUGGAGCCACCUUUACAGAUUCCUCCGGAACAUCUUCAUCCUGUCAUGUGUGCUCAUUUUCUGCUCCUUCCUGUUCCCUGUUCUGUGGCAUCUAUGGAUUUAUGCAGGAAGUGCCAACUCCAAUUUUUAUUAUGCCAUCACGUUGACUUUCAACAUAGGGCAGAUCCUGCUCAUUUCGGAUUAUUUCUAUGCCUUCCUCCGGCGGGAGUACUACCUCACCCACGGGCUCCACCUGACGAGGCAGGACGGGACAGAGGCCAUGCUGGUUUUGAAAUAAGGACUGUACCACCAUUUCCUGGGACAUGGGCCACUCCGAGGAACAUGCAAAGCUUGGGCUACAUGGGGUGGGUGGGGAAGGUUCCCUGAAGGAGGUCUGGCUUUGGAAACGAUACCUACUGAAAGAAAGGGCUGAGGUUCUGGGAAUAACCCCCUGAGCUGCAGGCUCAGCACAGACUGUCAGAGCUGCAGUGCCUCCCCCCUCAGCUGUGCUUCUCACUUCGACCUCAGCCAUCAGCUCUGGGCAGUCCAGCAAGAGCAGGAGUGUCUGAGCUAAACCAAGGACUGCAGCUCAGACCAUGAACUGUUUUCCACCACUGCUUCUUGGAGAUGUUCACUUCUCUGGGGAUCUUCCCCUUCACUGCUUUGAUCAGUAACACUCCUGCUUGGCAAGAGGCAGUCUCUGGGUACCUGGUGCCCCAAUGCUGGCUGCAGAUUCCAUUUCUUGGUGGUUCUGCUGUUGAGGGAUCUGGAAGAAUCCCAUGUGCUCAGUCACAGUGGGUGCUGUGAAAGGGUUGGGUAACCAAGGACGAUGACCUUGGACAGCAGCUGGAGCUGCUGCCACACCUGGUAACCUCAGCACUCAAACACAAGUAGGAACCAGAACUGGGAUGGGAUCAGGAGCAAGGUGGGUACCAGGUAACUGCUCUAUCCUAUUGGAGCAACACAGCUGUGCCAGGAGCUGCACAGAGGCUUUGCAGGUCUCAGAGGGAAUACUUCUGAGGAGAUGGACUCCCACUGCUCCCAGUUUCUGUUGGGUGACAAAGCCUGGCAGUGCUGGGCUCACACUGUGCUGCUGUGAUCACUUGGGGCAGCAGCUGGGACCAGGAGGUGUCACAAUCUCCCUGUAAGGCACCAGACCAAAUCCAGGAGGAGUCUCAGCCACUGCUGUUAUGGAGUUGUUCCACAGCUGCUUAUCACUACUGGAUGUGCACUUGUCUGUGUCACCCCUGUGCCAGUCAGUGCUGGGCUCAAGGCUGUGCACGGGGGCUCCCUUCAGUCAGAUCCCCUGGUCUCCCCCACUCUUCUCUGUACUCAGACCUGCACACCCUGGAGCUGCUGCUGCUGUCCCUUGAAUGUGACUCGGGUGAAGCCACCAGCUCUGCUGGCUGUGGGUGGCUCUGGGAUGCAGUGACCAGAGUGUGACAGCUGCCUCCGGCAUCGCCCCUGCUCCCGCGGGACAGCCGCAGGGUUGGGAAUGUGACACGGAGACCAAACCGCACCUGGUACCGAGCAGGUGAUAGAUGGAUGUGCCCAGGCAGGUGUGUAAAGAGAUCUUUCUUUCCGGACAAUUCAAACUUUUGCCUUACUGCACUUCUGUCAGCGCUUUGCGGGUGGAGCCGCGCCCGGCCUGGGGCGGGCCCGGCGGGAGCGAAAUAAACUGUGCGAGUUUUGGA